AUGAGCAAUUCAAACAAAUCAAAUAAUAAUAAUAACGGAACUAAUAGCAGCAAUGGAGCUCAACGUAGUAAUACAUUGAAAAUAUCGGUAUUGGGUGAUGGUGGUGGUGGCAAGACCUCUAUUACCAUCCAAUUGUGCUCGAAUCACUUUGUAGAGUACUAUGAUCCAACCAUCGAAGAUAGUUAUCGCAAGCAAGUUGUCAUUGACGAAGAAGCCUGUAUAUUGGAUAUUUUGGAUACUGCAGGACAAGAAGAAUUGACAGCCAUGCGUGAUCAAUGGAUUCGUAGUUGUGAAGGUUUUAUCAUUGUCUAUUCCAUCACCAGUCGUAGUAGUUUUGAUCAAGUCACCCUAUUCAAAGAGCAAAUCAAUCGUGUCCUUGACCGCGAAUCCGUUCCAAUCAUGCUUGUAGGUAACAAGUGUGAUCUCGAACAUCUUCGUGAAGUCAGUACCGAAGAAGGUCGUGAUUUGGCCAAGUGUCUUGGUAUGUUGUUUAUGGAAACAUCGGCUCGUACUCGUCUCAACAUCGAAGAAGCAUUUUAUGAAUUGGUCAGAGAGAUGCGUCGUCGUGAACGUGGUAUCAAGGAUUCCAAGGACAAGGACAGUAGUGACAAGAAGAGUAAAAUCAAGAAUAUCAUCUCUAGCAACGUCCAAAAACUAAACAAGAUCAAAUCAAAGACCAUUCACUCUGUUAAAAAUACUUCUUUUUGUAAAACAAUUACUCAAAUCGAUAGAUUUAUUUCUUUUCUUUAA